UCCUUCUAACCUCUUGAGCACCCAACCAUUACAACCUAGAGACUUAGCUACCUAGCUCUUGCCUCUUCCGUCCGCGGUGCAGCUCUGAAGAGAGCUAAGUACCAAGGAAGAAGAAGGCUUCGAGCCUCAACAAAAAAGGAUAUGGAAAUGGAGAUCGGUUCGACGGGCGCCACAGCAGCAUCCACCAACUUCUCGCUGCCGGUGGACUCUGAGCACAAGGCCAAGUCCAUCAAAAUCUUCUCCUUCGGCAACCCACACAUGCGUGCCUUCCACCUUGGAUGGAUGUCCUUCUUCACCUGCGUUGUAUCCACCUUCGCCGCCGCACCGCUCAUCCCCAUCAUCCGCGACAACCUCAACCUCACCAAGGCUGAUAUAGGCAACGCCGGUGUUGCCUCGGUGUCUGGUGCCAUCUUCUCAAGGCUGGCCAUGGGCGCCAUCUGCGACCUUCUUGGCCCGCGCUACGGCGGUGCUUUCCUCAUCAUGCUUUCUGCACCAGCGGUGUUCUGCAUGUCCGUCGUCGAUAGUCCCGCCGGAUACAUCAUCGUACGCUUCCUCAUCGGCGUCUCACUUGCCACCUUUGUGUCGUGCCAGUAUUGGAUCAGCACCAUGUUCAAUAGCAAGAUCAUCGGGACAGUCGGCGGCUUAACGGCGGGGUGGGGAGACAUGGGUGGAGGUGCCACACAGCUCAUCAUGCCUUUCGUCUUCGAUGCCAUCAAGGCAUGUGGUGCGACUCGUUUCACCGCUUGGCGCAUCGCCUACUUUGUGCCAGGAAUGAUGUUGGUGGUGAUGGGCUUGCUCGUGCUCACCUUGGGACAGGACCUUCCCGAUGGCAACCUGAGGAACCUCCAAAAAAAUGGUGACAUGAACAAGGACAAGUUCUCCAAGGUUCUCCGUGGAGCCGUCACCAACUAUCGAACCUGGAUCUUUGUCUUCAUCUAUGGCUACUGCAUGGGCGUCGAGCUCACCUCAAACAACGUGAUUGCCGGGUACUACUACGAUAGUUUCUACCUCGACCUUCGAAAAGCAGGUAUCAUUGCCGCCUGCUUUGGCUUGGCCAAUAUCUUUGCACGCCCCAUGGGCGGGUACCUCUCCGACCUUGGUGCUCGCUACUUUGGCAUGCGUGCCCGACUCUGGAACAUUUGGAUCCUCCAGACUGCUGGUGGAGUCUUCUGCCUUUGUCUCGGUCGUGCAUCCACCCUUCCCACCUCCAUAGCAUGCAUGGUCCUGUACUCCAUCUGCGUCGAGGCUGCAUGCGGCGCCGUCUAUGGUGUCAUCCCCUUCGUCUCCCGACGCUCCCUCGGGCUCGUCUCCGGCAUGACCGGUGCAGGUGGCAAUGUGGGUGGCGGGCUCACACAGCUCCUCUUCUUCACUUCGUCGCAGUACACCACCGGCAAAGGACUCCAAUACAUGGGCAUCAUGAUCAUGGCAUGCACGCUCCCCGUCAUUCUCGUGCACUUCCCACAGUGGGGCUCCAUGCUUGUCCCUCCCAGCAUGGACGCCACCGAGGAGGAGUACUAUGCCGCCGAGUGGACGGAGGAGGAGAAGGGCAAGGGUCUCCACAUGGCCGGACUCAAGUUCGCUGAGAACAGCAUAUCUGAGCGUGGCAGACGCAAUGCCAUCCUCGCCGUACCUGCUACCCCACCCAACAGCACGCCACAACACGUGUAAUACGUUAGUAUCUUCUUACCUCAAUGUAUACAGUGCGCGUAUACAUAUAUACAUACGUACCCAUCAAGGUGGGGCACCCCAUUUUGCCGGUGUGGUUUCCCCGACCACCUGCUUUUUGGGCGCUUAUCUAGGCCUUAGUCAAUAGUACCUGGGGCUUGUAUCAUGUUAUGCAAAUGAGCAAUAUGAGAAUAUGCAUCGUUUCUUAUACCUUGCAUAUAUCUCCUUAAUUUCAUUGUACUUUCUGAGACAAUAUUUGUAUUUCCCGAGAUGGCUUACCAUGUGAUUAAUUUCAUUGUGCCUUGCAUACAUACCAUGUGAUUGAUUUCAUUGUACUUGUAAGGGCUUGUAAUAUGUUACGAGAAAGAUCAAUAUGAGAUGAUAGGUCAAUGGCGUAUUCUAGCACAAUGGAUCGGCACGUACGAACUUCUUGCACGCCAAAGUAAAAACGCGUUCAUGACUCCACGAGUCUCUACCUUACGCAUGCAAGCGUACGGAAGUACGGUGCGCUUGUGUACUUAUUCUAGCGUGAUGCGAACUUGGGUACUUCUUCCACACCAAAGUACAGAACCGUUCAAAGAGGGGCUCUAUCAACAACAACGAUGGCGGUGCUAUGCAGGCAUGAAAGCGUACGGAGUACUAUAAUAUUAUGGGUGAUCUAUAGCCUAACCUCUCAACAGCGACAUGGCACUUGCAUUUUCUCUAACCAAGUCAAUAAAGUAGUUGUGCUCAAGGGAAAAAAGUGUCAAGUUUGCCAAAAGAACAGGAGAAACAAAAUUCAAACGAGUCGGUGGUCCGAAUUUCUACCUUUAGAUACAUUCAGCACGCAAAGAGUUUGACCUGCGAGAGCACGGGUCGAUCGACACGUGGUUCACACAGACAUGACCGUUUACUAGCUAUUUUGACGACGAAGACAUGACUGGAUCUAAACGCCGUCGGUCCAAGAUUCUUAACCUUGGGCAGCUGUUUAAAUUUUAUGUUUACAAGCUUUUCGUCCUCCUUCAGUAUAUUGUAUGAUUUUAUGCUAUGCACUAAUAUACACACUUUCAGUGGUGGACUGAUCUAUAUGUAGUUUGUACAUGUUCAUGCGUGCUCUAGGCAGCUUCUAAGAUCUCUACUAUUAAAGGAGAAUCGAACGUCGUGAUGGUUCAACCUCCUCCUUCCCACCUCCCUCGAGAGAUCCCGCAUAGAAAAAAUCGCAGGAGAAUCCACGUUGACAACCAACCACCUCGCACCCCCUUACGAUUCCCAAUUUUCUUGUAUAGUAAAAAGAAAAGGAAAAACAAAAAGCACCCACGAGGCCACGACCACGACACACGUACCCCGCCCCGAACUCUCGUCACCACCCAAACUACUCAUCGCUCCUCCCACCCCAUCUCUCGCGAGAAAUAUCCCCUACCGUCGUCCAGAUCGGAGA